AUGGAAACCGACAAGCGUUGGUAUUGUCGUUAUCAGAUCGGACAAGGCACCCGCUCCACGACAAUGGGGGACGAUCUCAAGUACGCCGCUCCUACAAGCAAGAACGUCUUUGAGAUUGCGAUACUCUGCGCACUACCCAAGGAACGAGCAGCUGUUUUGUUACUCCUCGACGAUCUCUGGGAUGUAAAGGGCAGUAACCGGUACCGGUAUGCUAGGGCCGAAGGGGACUACAACACCUACACGCAUGGGCGGAUCGGGAGGUUCAAUGUGGUUAUCGUCCUUCUUGACACCAUGGGUAAAGUCCCGGCUGCCGGUGCAGCUACCGCCGUCCGAAUCGGUUACCCCAAUAUUUCCCUAGCCCUGAUCGUCGGCAUUUGCGCCGGGGUGCCGUUCCCCAAGAAGAGUCAGGAAGUCAUCCUCGGCGACAUCGUUAUCAGCAACAUCCUGAUUCACCGCGACUUUGGAAGACAAUACUCCGAUCGCUUUAAGGCCAAGGUUGAAGCCGAGCAUGUGUACGGCCGACCGAACAAGAUUAUCUAUGGGAGAGCGGACGGGAUCCCGAGUUUUCUACCAUCUAUGGUCGUAUGUGAUAGAGGUAAGUAUAAGAGGCCUUGA